AUGGUUCCUCGUCUUCUCAACAAAUUAUACGAUAGAGUUAUGUCGGAAACUCAUCGACAUGAUUAUGCGUCUAAAAGUGAUUUCAUCAAAGCGGCUGUUCAAUCGAAAUUAGGCGAAAUUCGAAAAGGCAAUUUUUCAUGCGACACUGUUUGGGACAAUCAAAUAUUCAAUCGAAUUCGUUCAAUGUUCGGGAAUAAAGUCGAACGUGUUGUUGCAUCCAGUGCGCCAUUAGCUCCUGAAGUAGCUGAUUUCUGUCGUGCGAUGUUUUCCUGCAUAUUCAUCGAAGGCUACGGACAAACCGAGUGCAUCAUGGGAUGUUGGCAAGAACUAAAUGAUACUCAAUCGGGUGAAACAGGAAUUCCGACUCCAGUCAAUCAUAUUAAAUUGAUCGAUAUUCCAGAAAAAGACUAUUUUGCAAGAGAUCGUGUCGGGGAAAUUUGUAUUCGUAGUAAAGCCGUAUUUAAAGGGUACCUAAAAGACGAAGCUAAAACGCGCGCAACAAUUGAUGAUGACGGCUGGCUUCAUACAGGUGACGUUGGCCGUUGGACAGUAAAUAAUACAAUGCAAAUCAUUGAUCGAAAUAAGAAUAUUUAUAAAUUAAGUCAAGGUGAAUUUAUUGCACCAGAAAAGAUCGAAGCUAUUUAUGAGCGUAGUGAAUUUAUUUCACAGGUAUAUGUUUAUGGCGAUUCGCUUCAAAAUUUUCCUGUCGCAAUUGUUGUACUUGACAAUGAAUUUAUCAAGAAAUGGGCUGCUGCAAAUGGCAACGACUUCAUAGCUUUGGAUGCACCAGAAACCAACGAGGAAUUGCAUCAAAUCGUCUUGAAAGAUAUGAUUGAACAUGGAAAGAAACGUGAUUUGAUGCCAUUUGAACAAAUUAAAGCAAUUGCCAUCAUUACGGAGCCAUUUACAGUUGAAAAUGGCCUUUUAACACCAACAUUCAAAGCUCGACGAUUUGCAGUCGAGAAAAAAUACAAGCCAAUUUUUGAUAAAUUGUAUAAAACUAUAAAUAAUUAA